AUCAGUGUACAUAAAAUUAUCUUCAAGGCGGGGAUAACUUGUUGUUCUUCCGGUACUCUUCGUCAUCAGAAAUGGCUUCUCUUGACAGGGUAAAAGUGUUAGUUUUAGGAGAUUCUGGGGUUGGCAAAUCUUCCUUAGUCCAUUUAAUAUGUCAGAAUCAGGUUUUUGGAAAUCCAUCUUGGACUGUUGGCUGUUCUGUGGAUGUACGGGUUCAAGAUUACAAAGAAGGAACCCCUGAGGAGAAAACUUUCUACAUUGAGCUAUGGGACAUUGGAGGAUCAGUUGGCAGUGCCAACAGUGUCAAAAGCACCAGAGCAGUCUUCUACAAUUCAGUAAAUGGAAUAAUAUUGGUACACGAUUUAACAAAUAAGAAAUCUUCCCAAAAUCUCUACCGCUGGUCAAUGGAAGCUUUGAAUAAGGAUUCCUCCCCAACAGGAGUCAUUGUCUCAAAUGGUGAGUAUGACAGAGAACAGUUUGUUGAGAACGCAGUGCCUUUGCUGCUGAUCGGAACAAAGUUUGACCAGAUUCCAGAGAACAAACGCAGUGAAGUUCUCACUAGGACGGCCUUCCUUUCUGAAGAUUUUAAUGCAGAGGAGAUCAAUCUCGACUGCACAAACCCAAGAUACUUUGCUGCAGGCACAUCAAAUGCUGUGAAACUUAGCCGUUUCUUUGAUAAGGUAAUAGAGAAGAGAUAUUUCACCAGAGAUUCAAGUCAGAUGACAGGCUUUACUGACAGAAAAAGGUUCAGCUUCAAAAGUUUGCACUAUGACUGAGUUCCAUGAAUGCAACAGUGGUGGUCUGUGGUUUUUUUUUUUUACCAACACAUCUGUGAGUUGACAUGUUGGAGACCAGCCGUAGCAGCAUAAACAACCUCACCUCCGCCUCUUUCUGUUAUUUUAUAUUCUUUUGACCUAAAUGUGAACUCAAAAAAGAAAUUUAAUGUAAAUUGGGAAUACAUCUUUUAGAUAAUAUGCAAGGUGUAUUAUUUGGGAGUAUCUUUUUAUUUUAAAUGAACUACUUAUUUUUUUUUCUAUCAUCAGCAAAUCAUCUUGUCCACAAACAAAACACUUCUAUCAGGUUUUUACAUGUAGAUUUGACUAAACUUUCCAUUCAAUGAGGUUGCCUCAGCCUUUCAUCACUUUUUCCAUCCACUGCAGAAAGGAUCGAACUUUAGUGAAAACAUGUGGAUGCUUUGGAUCAUCACAUUUUUCUUUAAAAGUAUAAGCAGCUAUUCCUUGAACCUUGGAGUCGCAAAUAAGAGGUCCCCCAGAAUCUCCCUGCAAGAGACAAGAAAAAGACUUGAUUAGGUUUUCAAAGGAACCAGCUUUUCUUUUCUAAUGAAA